AUGCAAAAUAGCCUUCAGGAGUUAAAUGAGAUUUGGGAUCGGUGGAAUGAUGAAACCAAGCAGUUGUUCUACUCUAAUUAUGGGGACUUGCCGUACUUACUUAACAUCAAGGUGGAUGAACGACUAUUUCGCGCCCUUGCUCAAUAUUGGGAUCCUGCAUAUAGCUGUUUUACUUUUGGGAACGUAGAUUUGGUGCCUACAGUGGAGGAAUAUACAGCUUUACUGCACUGCCCUAGGCUUCAGGUUGAUAAAGCAUAUUCCAGAGCCGCAUAUGUCCCAGUGUUUUGGAAGAAAUUAAUGAGUAUUAUGGGAAUGAGCGAACAAUGGAUCACGACCAGGAUCAAACAGAAGGGCGAAUGUAAAUGUAUCCCAUGGAGGAAUUUGCGAGACUUGAUCCUAGCACAUCCUGAUGGGAAAAAGAAGGUCGAUGUGUUUGCUUUGAGUAUCUACGGGUUAGUGAUUUUCCCUAGAGCAUUGGGGUAUGUUGACAAAACGGUUUCAGAUCUCUUUGAUCUGUUGGGUAAAGGGGUCACGCCUGUUCCUGCGAUUUUGGCUGAAACGUUUAGAUCUUUGAAUGUGUGUGGACGAGCUAGUGAGGGUAGAUUUAUAGGUUGUGUGCAAUUGUUGAUAGCUUGGUUCCAUAUUCAUUUCUGGAAGGUCAACAAAGUUUCGUAUCGGGUUUUCUCUGGGCAUUAUUCCUCGUUAAAAGAAAUAGUGGCUACGCCAAGAAGGGACGACAUAUCAGAAGAAAUUUUGAUAGCAAUUCUGCAAAAUCUUCAAGAGGAUGACGUGGAGUGGAGAGCUCUUUGGUUGAUUCCUGAUGGAAUUCUCUACUGUUAUGGAAGCUUUGACUGGGUUCCGUUGCUUGGGAUUUGGGGAGCCGUCGGGUAUGCACCUUUGCUGGUCCUAAGACAAUACAAUUCAGGAUAG